UCGUGCCAGCCUGCGCAGCACCCGAGGGUGCUCCUGGGGCCGCCGCGAUGGCCCAGCAGCGCCGUGUCCAGCUGUCCGUCCAGCACCCCACCAGCACCGUGUGCGUGCUGGGCACGGAGCUCUCCCUGGAUAUCCGAUGCUCUGCUCCCAAGGACGCCGUGGCCUUCCACGUGCAGGGCUCGGCGGGGGUGAAGCUCUACGUGGUCCACGACUCCCAGAGCACCAAACUGCCCUCCAGCGUGUGCCGCUGGCCCCUGGACACCCACGAGGUGCAGGUGGCCAUGGACACCGUCAGCAAGGACGUGGGGGACGAGAAGGUCAGGAUCUCCUACUUCGGGGAGGACGGAGCCGUCCCCGUGGGCAGGGCGACGGUGUACCUCACCUGCGUGGAGGUCUCCCUGGACACCGACAUCAGCCGCAGCGGAGCCGUGAGCAGGACGCUGCUGGACAAGGACAAGUGGAAGUGGGGUCCGGACGGACACGGGGCCAUCCUGCUGGUCAACUGCGACCGCGACGAUCCCAAGGCCGAGACUCCGGAUAACCGGGACACGGAAAUCCGCUCCUACGACGACCUGAAGGACAUGUCCCAGAUGGUGCUGAGGACACGAGGGCCCCGCACCAUCUUUGCCACCCACCGGCUGCUCCUGCACGUGGAUUUCAGCGACGCCGACAAAGUCGGAGUUUUCUACGGCGGCAACAGUGUGGAGCUGGAGGAGUACAAACACGUGCUGGGGCGCUCCAAACUCUCCUACACCGUCAAACCCAGCCGGCACCAGGAGGAAAGUGUCUUCUACGUGGAGGGACUCGCUUUCCCUGACACCAGCUUCUCUGGCCGGGUGACUUUCCACGUCACGCUGCUGGAGAGCCCUGAGAAGGAUCUCCUGGAGACCCCCAUCUUCACCGACACCGUGGUUUUCCGCGUGGCCCCGUGGAUCAUGACCCCCAACACUCUGGCGCCGCUGGAGGUCUUUGUCUGCAGCACGGGUGACAAUGAGGGUUUUGUGGAGGCCGUGAGGGCCGUGGCUGAGAAGGCCCAGUGCCCGCUCACCGUGUGCCCGCUGGUCGAGAACCGCCAGGACCGCUGGAUCCAGGACGAGGUUGAGUUUGGCUACGUUCAAGCCCCUCACAAGACCUUCCCCGUUGUCUUCGACUCUCCCCGGGACAGGGAGCUGAAGGAUUUCCCCAUCAAGAGGAUCCUGGGCCCUGAUUUUGGCUACGUGGCCCGACAAGCUCCAGAGGGAACUACCAGCCUCGAUUCCUUUGGGAAUUUGGAGGUGAGCCCUCCCGUAAAGGUGCGGGGCAAGGAGUACCCCCUGGGCCGCAUCCUGGUCGGGAGCAGCUUCCCCAGGUACGGCGGCCGGCGGAUGGCGAGAGCUGUCAAGGAUUUCCUGGUUGCCCAGAAGGUGCAGGUGCCCGUGGAGCUGUACUCGGACUGGCUCGUUGUCGGCCACGUGGAUGAGUUCCUCAGCUUUGUCCCCGCUCCUGAUAGGAAGGGAUUCCGGCUGCUCCUGGCCAGUCCCAGCGCCUGCUACCAGCUCCUCAAGAAGAAGCAAGAGGAGGGAUAUGGAGAGGCUGUGAUGUUCCAGGGGCUGGAGGAGGUGCACAAGCCGACAAUAAAUGAGAUUCUGGCCGACGAAGGACUCCGGAAAUUCAAUUCUUACGCCCAGCGCUGCAUCAGCUGGAACAGGGAUGUGCUGAAGCGGGAGCUGGGCCUGGCCGAGCCGGACAUCGUGGACAUCCCGCAGCUCUUCCGCCAGAACGAGCUCUCCAGUGACGCCGAAGCCUUUUUCCCGGACAUGGUGAACAUGCUGGUGCUGGGCAGGCACCUGGGCAUCCCCAAGCCCUUCGGGCCCAUGGUGGGCGGGCAGUGCUGCCUGGAGCAGCGCGUGCGGGAGCUGCUCGAGCCCCUGGGCCUCACCUGCACCUUCAUCGACGACUAUUUCUCCUACCACGUCCGGCUCGGGGAGGUCCAUUGUGGCACCAACGUCCGCAGGAAGCCCUUCGCCUUCAAGUGGUGGAACAUGAAGCUCUGAAGUGGCUUCAGCACCAACUCUCCUCCUCCUCCUCAAAUCCCACCCUCACCCCUCCAAGUGCCUUCAGUGUUCAAAUUAAAACCAGGCCGUGGCUCCUUCA